AUGGUUUCUUUUUGGCCCUGGAAGGGCGAUACGAAUUCUGCAGCUUCUUUUGAGAAGACACUGUCGACGCUGUCGACCAAGAUCGCCCAAGCCACCACGCGACUCGACCAGCAACGUCAGUCUUCCCGGCGAAUCAAGGCUCUGUGGACGCUCUACUCGACAUUUGCCUAUCUGUUUUACUCUAUAAUUCUCGCCCUCGUACUGGGAUGGGAGAGCUGGGGAAUCAAGGAAUAUGCAGCCAUCAUAGGCGGGCCGGUCCUGAUAUAUGGUGUGCGCACUCUCAGCUCCAGAAUCUUCGACUACCGAAUCUCCCGCAUGCAACGUCGUCUUGAUGACUUCCAAAACCAGCGCGAGGAGACCAUCGAAAAGCUCAAGGUCGCAACCAAGUACAACUCCACCCAGCAACUGCUAGAGAAGUACGGUGGUGAGUCUCCCAGGUCCUCCCCGAGCCCAAAGAGACAAACCGAGAAGGGGCAGUUCGCACAGCAGCUACAGAAUGUGCCUCGCACUGGUCUCCCGCCGCCACCCACUGCCAACAUUCGCCGUCCUCCCUCGGCAUCGCAGAACAGCCCGCCAUCCCCCAAUUAUCCCUCUCCCCCUCUCGAGCUACCUCGGGCCCCGCAAACACCGCAGCAGUCGUCUUCCCCACCUUCUUUCUCUCCCCAACCACCCACCAAUCAACCCAGCUUUGCACCGAACGCAUUCCCUCAGAACAGCGAAUACACUGAACAACCAAAUUGGUAUGACCGUGUCUUGGAUGUGCUGCUGGGAGAGGAUGAAACCCAACCCCGCAACCGGAUGGCGAUGAUCUGCAGCGCGUGUCGGCUCGUCAACGGCCAGGCUCCCCCUGGGAUCAAAACACCGGAAGAGCUGGGCCGCUGGCGGUGUUGCAGCUGUGGAGCUUGGAAUGGCGUGGAAAGCGAGACAACAAAGAUCCUUAGCAGUUUGCGUCAGGAUACUGGGUCAGCUGAGGGGACAUGGGAGCCUGUGUCGAAGGCUGACGUGGAUACCCAUUCCUCCGAGAGUACGGAAGAGGGUGUGAUGGUGACUUCAAGUGAGGAGGAACAAGUGGACUCCAUUGGAUCUGACGCGGAGGACCAGACAGAAGAGGAACCUAAGCCCGCCCCUGUGCGGCGGUCUAAGCGCGGUGCGAAGGGAGACAAGGCAUAG